AUGUCGAACGCGGCAGUUCACAGGCUCGUAGUGGCUCGCAGAGAUGGGUCUACAACUGACCCACGACUGAAUGGAAAUUUCGUGAUGACCCAAUUAGCGUUUGUGUGUGCCCGAAGGUAUUCGUGCACCGAGAUGCAGAAAAGAGACCAAGAGGAAAGCAUCUCGAUUUGGCGGUUGGUACCAGUUGGUCUUUCGGUCGCCAGCACCUCGAAGCGUCAGAAUAACAGCCCAUCUGCCAGCAAUGAAGAAAACACACUCCAGAUUCCCACAAAAUGA